AUGAUCAACUUGGAGCGGCUCAACACGGGCGUCACGCGGAUUGUGAGUGUGAAGAAGUACCCCGUGACGCGGCGCCAGCGCCUGCCGCGGAGCACAAAAGGGCGCGUCUUCCGCCUGGGCGUCCUGCACAGCAAGGAGAUGACGGAGGCGAUGCUGCUGCGGAACCGGCGCGGCUUUGUGAACAGCCAGGUGAACACAGUCGCCCACGCCCCGUCCAUGUACCACUGGCUCUUCCACCGCUGCGGUGUGCCGUUCGAAGAGACGCGAGAGUUGGCGAGGACCGGUGGAUUGAUGGUUAACGGUGUCGCGCUUGAUCGUAUGGGUCUGGAGUCGCAGAUGGAUUGGGCGGAACUGCAGAAGUUAGACAUCCGUAUUCGUAUUGAGGCAUCCCCGUCCGGCAAAACAUCCGGCCCUUCAACGGACAAGGACAGCAGCAGCAAGAGUGAUGGCUCAUCAUCAUCAUCGUCGCCCUCAUCCUCACCCUCUUCCUCCUCCGUCAUGUGGGUACCGGCGCUAAAGCGGGCGCUGCAUCGGCAGUACUUCUUUGUUUACCUUCACCCCGGUAUCUCCAUCACAUCCGACCAAGCCGACCCGCGGAGUUUCGUGCAUCGCAUCACCCCACUGGUUGGUAGCACGGCGGGACUUGGCAUGAACAUACUGCGGCCGAUCGGCUUUAUGAACGGGAUGAGGGGUCUCGGGCUCGCGACGAAUGAUGUGUCGAUGGUGCGCUACUGGAACAACGAGUUCCUUGGUAACUAUGGGGUGUAUGACAUACGCUUCCCCCGUGGCGUCCCGUCUGAGGUUGUUCAUCAAGUGGCGAAGGACGUAAACAAUGCUCUCGACGCCGGCAUUCGCAAACAGCUCUCGGGAGAUGUGAAGGUACCCUGUAGCUGCAGCGUGGAGCCUGUGCCCAUGCAACCACAAAAGCAACAGCAGCAGCAACGCGGGAGGGAUGUUGUUGCCGCGACACAUUUGAAGCCCCUGCACAGUGAACGACUGCUGCUCCGCACUCCCCUGCUGCCGUACCGCGUCGCACGAAAGAUACGGCGUGCCGGUGGCGUCACCACACUUGUGCGCUCCGGCCCCUUCGCGCUUCCACCGUCGCUUCCCGCAGCGAAGAUGCGGCCGCUGUCACCGCAGGAACUCGCGCUGAUGUUCACAUUUGAGCGGAGACUCAAGACGAACCGCGUGGUGCUGAGCCUGCGUGAGUUCGGCAUGGACGAUGGCGUGAACCCGGAGGUGGUUUUGCCGGACGUGUAA